AUGACCACCCCCAACUCUCCGGAGCCACUGGCCGAUGCGGCAAAUGGCUCCGUCACCUAUGGCACGCGAUCGAGAGGUCGCAAUGCGCCAAGGCCUAAUUAUGCUGAGGAUCGUGAUCUGGACAUGGACGCGGAUGCCUCCGCGCCAUCCAAAGCCGCCAAGCGCAACAGCGGCGUGGCACCUCCCCACGAGGAAAAGACCUCAUCGGCGCAACGUAAGAGCCUAAAUGGUACCGCGAAUGCCGUCGUCAACGCCAACGCCAGCGCAAACACUAACGGCGGUGUGGCCAAAGAGGCCAUUCCCGGCACGUCUUCCUUUUCCGCCAGACCAGAGGACGCGAAUGGCUCCAACUUGCGAAAGCGCAAACAACCCAGCACCACCACACCCACUUCGGGUAGUGCUAAGAAAAUCUUCACUUCCGCCCCCGGUGAUUCCGAUGAUUAUUUCACCAACAUGAUGAGCUUCGAAACCCACGGUCCUUAUUUACAUGAUGGCCAAUUAAUAGCUGAUGAUGGCACCACUUUUUCCCUUGAUGACCAUGUCUACCUCAUCUGUGAACCUCCCGGUGAGCCAUAUUAUCUGGCGCGAAUUAUGGAAUUUAUCUACUCCAAAACAAAGCCCGGUGGUUUGAUUGAGUCUCUCCGAGUGAACUGGUAUUACCGUCCACGAGACAUUCAACGUCAUUCUCCCGACACCCGCUAUGUCUUCGCUUCCAUGCAUUCUGAUCCAUGCCCUCUUUCCUCAUUACGGGGCAAGUGCGAUAUUCGGCAUUCCACCGAAAUUGAAGACGUCAACACCUACAAGAAGACAAAAAACAGUUUCUGGUACGACAAGAUGUUCGACCGUUACAUCCAUCGUCUCUACGAUGUCAUCCCCACGAAAGAUAUCAUCAACGUGCCUGGAAAUGUGAAAAAGGUUCUUGAUGAGCGCUGGAGAUUCAUCCUCGUUGAAAUCGGCAAAGGGAAAGAAUUAACCGGUGCUGUCAAAACCUGCAAACGAUGUCGACUAUACGCCGCAAAUUCCGAAUCAGUCGACUGUGCGGUUUGCCAUUCAACAUAUCACAUGCACUGUGUUCGACCCGCUCUGACCAAGAAACCCGCUCGAGGCUUUGCGUGGGCUUGUGCUGCCUGUAGCCGCGCACAAGAACGCAAGCUGGAAGCGCGAAACACACCAUUGACAGGGGGACCUCGAGCGGAUGGCGAGGAUGUUGUCAUGGAGGAAGAAGAGGAGGAAGAUCCCAAUCACGCCAAUGGGGCAGCGAACGGUACCUCUGUGAGCACACCCGCAGCCGAGGAAGAUUUCAUGCCUCAGCCUGCAACUGCGGAACAGAUGGCACAGGCUAAGAUGUGGCCUUACCGAUACCUUGGUAUUCAUUGCCGCGUGGAGGAUGCCCUUGACUACGACGAUAGAAUUUACCCCCGAGCAAGCUCACGUUUAGGAACGCGGCACCAGGCGAUGGUGGCCGCGUGGCCGGGUCGAGCUAUCGAAUAUGUCAAGCCACUUGACAAGAAGAAAUCAAAGGUUGCGAAAAAGGACGGCAAGUCCAAGGAUGCGCAGGCCGCAUUGGAAGCUGCCAAGCACGAGAGAGCCAACCGACCGAAGUGGGUGCAGGACGAGCCGACAGGCUACAUCCACCGUGGUUUGGAUGAGCCGGUGGUGAUUAACGAAAAAACCGGCAAACAAGCACGCACCGCGGAGCCUAUAUUUAAGAUGCCCACUUCAGAGCAAAUCCCCACUCGAGGCGAGGACGAUGCACCUGGCUCACAUUUGAGUGAUGCAGACCGCGAAAAGUUUAUUGACGACUAUAUGCGCCAGGCCAAGGAAUUGGCACCUGGAAUUGGCGUUGAGAAACAUUGCACCAAUUUCCUUGACAAGGCUCUUCAGAUUCUCUACGCCGAAAGCUUUAAUGUACAAGCUGCCCUUGUGAAGUUGAAGAAGACCAACAGAUAUAAGGAUCUCAAGGAGCCCCACAUUCGACCUGAAGAGCUCAAGCUCUUCGAACAGGGUGUCGCCAAGUAUGGAUCGGAGUGGCGCAAUAUCAUGAAGCAUGUCAAGACCGUUCCAAUCUAUCAGAUUGUGCGUUUCUACUAUAUGUGGAAGAAAACCCCGAGUGGCCGAAAGAUCUGGGGAGCCUAUGAAGGUAGGCGCGGGAAGAAAGAGGUCCGUCGCCACAGUGUUGCUUCAUCCAAACUUCUCGACGACGUUGCCGAUGACCACGACGACUCGGCCUUCGAUUCCGAGAAAGCGGUUGUUCAGAAGCGUGGAUUCCAGUGCAAGUUCUGUGAAACUCGCAGCUCGCGGCAAUGGAGACGGGCACCUCUGGUUCCUCCGGGCACCGUCAUUCCUUCUGAGCCCCAGAACAAGAAGGACAAGGGCCCUAUGCUUACUGUUUCACUUUGUCUCCGGUGUGCUUUGCUGUGGCGGAAAUACGGCAUCCAAUACGAGGACGUGGACGAGGUUGCAAAGAGGAUCGCAAACAGCGGCAACAAGUCAUGGCGUCGCCGCAUUGAUGAGGAAAUGCUGGCACAACUAAUUGUGGCCACUGAGACUCCGUUUGUGAUUAACAAUGCAACCGCCAGUACAGCUAGCUCGAUGGGUAUCCCGCUUGACACCAACCCCCGGCUCUUACAAGAAGGCAAGGUGGACCCGACCAAGAAGAAGAUCAAGGAGACCCCUGCAACUUCAACUGCAACAUCCGUGGAGCCCAUGCCGAAGAAGAAAGCGGGCCCUGAGAAGGUUGUUGAAGCGCCACCAAUCAUUCCUGAUCCACCAAAGGCAAAGACCCUCCCAUGUGCGAUCUGCACCCAAGUCGAGCCCACGGGCGAGCAGCUUUCAUGCAGGGAUUGCCGUCUCACGGUCCAUCGCAACUGCUAUGGCAUCAGUAACAAUCGCGUAAUCAGCAAAUGGUUGUGUGAUAUGUGCUCCAACGAUCGCAGUCCUUCAAUCUCCACAAACUAUAGCUGUGUUCUUUGCCCAGUAUCGUGGACUGAACACGACCUCAUGGAGACACCCAAGAACAAUUCUCGAAAGAAGACCGAGCGUGACAAGGAAAAGGAACGCAUGGAAAAGGAGAUGGUCACUGAGGCUAUCAAGCUGUAUCGUCAGCGACAGGAGGCUGUUGGCAAGCCAGUUGGUCCCCGGGAACCUCUGAAGCGCACUGCAGGUAACAACUGGGCUCACGUGCUUUGCACACUGUGGAUGCCGGAAUUGAAGUACGGCGAUGCGGCGGAGCUCGAGCCUGCUGAAGGAUUUGGGUCCAUCCCCAAAGAGAGGUGGCGGCAAACGUGCAAGAUUUGCAAGUCCAACAAGGGUGCCUGUUUACCCUGUAGCUCCGCUGGCUGCGAUGCCCACUUCCAUGUUGGCUGUGCUUUCCAAGCGAAGUACCAUCUCGGAUUAAAUCUCAAACCUGCGAAGCCUCCACGCGGGAACAUGCGAGAGUCAGGACCUAUUAGUAUUGGCGAGGAUUAUGGAAUACCCGUGCCGGUGAUUUAUUGUCCAAAUCACACUGUACCGAGUAAAGUCCAUGGGAUUGGCGAGAAGGAAAAGACUGCCCACUUCAAUGCGCUCCAAUACUUUGCCCAAGCCCAAAAGCAAGCUGAUAAGAGUCUCACUGGAACUGUUCGCAAGGCAGCAUACAUGCAGCAGUCUGUGGGAGCCCCGCACCCCAGCGUUAAUAACGGCCACCGCCGGGCCUCAACGAGCACUGCCCCGAUUGUUGUAAAGGAUGCGCAGAAGGUCUCGACCUCCACUGAAGAUCCGACCGAUGACCCUAUGGACAUUGAUACAGACGUCAAGGUUGCGCCGCCUCCAGCCUCGGUCUCCAGUGAAGGCGAGCCCAACCGCAAGUGUGUCCGUUGCGCAACUGGCUUUAGUCCUAGAUGGUGGUCUCUCGGACGUCGACCAGAUGUUCGACCGCCUGUGGCUAACGGGCCGGGACACAUUCCCCAUCCCCCGGGCUUCGCCCAUGUCAAUGGGGAUUUAGCCGUCCCAGUGUACGAGUGUCACAAGUGCCAUAUCAAGAACCCAGCACCUCCCCCUCCACCUGUGCCGGAGCCUACACCGGACGCAAGGCCCUCGCCAUAUGGCGCGCAGCGAACAAUGGUUCCCACGACACGAAUGCCCAGCCAUGGCCACGGUUUCUUGUCCCACCCGCACUCGCACCCUCCUCCGAGCGGUGUUCUCGGGCGGCCGAUGCCCCCAGCCCAUGCACACGGUGGAAUCCCAGGUCAGGCAUACACUGGACCCUAUGAACAGCGUCCUACCCCUGACAAUGGCCUUCGCAACGGACUGUCGUCAUCUCCUUUCCCUGCGGCCCCGCCUCCUCACCACAUGAACAACUACCCUCAUCCACACCCUCAUUCUCACCCUGCAGGGCCACCCCAGUACACCAGCGCUGGGCCACCCCCUCCUCCGCCGCCCUAUGCCACACACCAGAGCCCCUAUGGUCCUGUGCCAGCCCGGUCGCCGCAUCUUUCUCAACCCCCACCGCGCACGUACGCUGCCUCGGCAUCUCCUCCCAUCAUCCAGGCCACGACCGUCAACCGCUCCCCUCAGACUUCGCUGAGCGCACUGAACGGUGGCCCGCCUCCGCGUAUGUACUCUGUCGACCGUGGUCUUGCAGCCUCUUCACACUCCCCGCCAGUUGCCCCGUCACGUCUAGAUCCUCGCGGGCCCACCCCACCCACACGACCUGAAGAUACCCCACCGUCGCUAAUGGGCGGAUUACCAAGCGCUGGUCGGACAUCGGGAGUCAACGGCACCGGACCUCCUGGCACAGGGGCAAGCGCAAGCCCAUCGCUGAAGAACCUUCUCUCAUAA